UCUAGCCAGCAAGUCGAUCAAAGCAGGGACAAGCAACGAUGAUGGCCACUACGCUCACUGUCCUCACAGUGCUCGCGCUGCUCCGUUCCGCCUCAUGCCAAGCCGGCUACAGAGUUGGUAACCCAGCCCCAGCGCCACAGCAAUCAGCUUACACGCCGAGCACCCUAGCACCGCCCACUUAUCCUCCGACAAAUAUGAGCCCUCCACCAUCUAUGCUUCUACAUCCACCUACAUAUCCUUCGACGAGUCCCAGUCCACCACCACCUAUGAUCCCGCAGCAACCCACCUCUCCUCCGACGAGUCAGCCACCCACGAGUCCGAGCCCACCACCACCUGUGAUCCCAAAGCCACCUACUUCUCCUCCGACGAGUUCGAACCCACCACCAGCUAUAUCUCCACAGCCACCUACUUCUCCUCCGACUAGUCCGAGCCCACCACCGCCUAUGGUCUCACCAGAGCCACCGACCUAUCCUCCGACAAGUUCGAAUCCACCACCAGCUAUAUCUUCACAGCCACCCACUUAUGCUCCAUCGAUUCCGAGCCCGCCACCACCUUUGCCUUCACCUCCACCCAGCUCAGAUGAUGCAGGGAAGAAACUCAAGGUCGGAUACUACGAGAAGAAAUGUGGUGGUCAGGUGGACGUGGAGGCAAUCGUGAGGAAGCACGUAAGUAGCUUCGAUGCCAGCAUGAAAGCAGGGCUUAUUCGCCUCUUCUUCCACGACUGCUUUGUCCGUGGUUGCGAUGCUUCCAUUCUGCUCGACCCGACCGGCGACAACCCGCAGCCGGAGAAGUUGGGCAUACCCAACUUCCCGAGCCUGCGCGGCUACGAGGUGAUCGACGCGGCCAAGGCGGAGCUCGAGGCGAGAUGCCCCGGCACGGUCUCGUGCGCGGACGUCGCGGCCUUCGCCGCCCGCGACGCGUCCUACUUCCUCAGCGGCGGCGGCGUCGACUUCGCCAUGCCCGCGGGCCGAUACGACGGGAACGUGUCCCUCGCCAGCGAGACCCUGCCGAACCUGCCGCCGCCGUUCGCCGGACUGCAGCAGCUGGAGAAGAUGUUCGCCGACAAGGGGCUCGACGCCUUCGACAUGGUGACGCUCUCAGGCGCGCACAGCAUCGGGCGCUCUCACUGCUCGUCCUUCCGCCGCGACCGCCUCCCUCCCGGCGCCACCGCCUCCGACAUGGACCCGGCGUUCGCCGCCGAGCUGCAGGCCAACUGCACGUCGGCAGGCGGCGCCGACAACACGGUGGUGCAGGACUACGAGACCCCCGACGAGCUGGACAACCAGUACUACCAGAACGUGCUGGACCGCAAGGUCCUCUUCACGUCGGACGCCGCGCUCACCUCGAGGGACAUGACGGGCUACCUGGUGCGCGUGUACGCGAUGUUCCCGUGGCUGUGGCAGCAGAAGUACGCGGAGGCCAUGGUGAAGAUGGGCGGCAUCGAGGUCAAGACCGCCGCUACCGGUGAGAUCAGGAGGGCGUGCCGCGUCGUCAACAGCAGGACGUGAUCGGAUGGCCGGUCGUGCGCCUGCCUACUACUGAUCGAACUCUCUGACCCUGUUGUUUUAUCCACUUUUUUUCACCUAAUUCUGGUUCAUUCUUUCGUGGCGUUUGUGCUGUAAUAAUAAUAUCAUAGGUUAAUCAUUGUUUCUAUUGUGCUGUA